GUGUGUUCCUCGAAAGCAUCACCAACAUGGACAGCAAGGGGUGGUCGCUGAAAGGGUCCCUCCUGCUGCUGCUGCUGCCAGACCUGCUUCUGUGCAAGAGCGUGGCCUCCCUGCCCAUCUGUCCCAGGGGGGCGGCCAACUGCCAGGUGUCCCUGCGAGACCUGUUCGAGCGUGCGGUCAUCCUGUCCCACUACAUCCAUAACCUCUCCUCGGAAAUGUUCAAUGAGUUCGAUAAAAGGUAUGCCCAGGGCAGGGGGUUCAUUACCAAGGCCAUCAACAGCUGUCACACUUCCUCCCUCUCUACUCCUGAAGACAAGGAGCAAGCCCAGCAGAUCCAUCACGAAGACCUUCUGAACCUGAUACUCAGCGUGCUGCGCUCCUGGAAUGACCCUCUGUAUCACCUCGUCACCGAAGUGCGAGGACUACAAGAAGCCCCCGAUGCUCUUCUAUCCAGAGCCAUUGAGAUCGAGGAGCAGAACAGAAGACUUCUGGAGGGCAUGGAGAAGAUCGUUGGCCAGGUUCAUCCCGGAGUCAGAGAAAACGAAGUCUACUCUGUCUGGUCCGGACUCCCAUCCCUACAGGUGGCUGAUGAAGACACUCGCCUUUUUGCUUUUUAUAACCUGCUCCACUGCCUACGUAGGGACUCACAUAAGAUUGACAAUUAUCUCAAACUCCUGAAGUGCCGAAUCGUCUACGACAGCAACUGCUAAGCCCGUGUCUGGUCCAGCGAUUUCCGGGAUGGUUCCAAAUGAUCUGUCCCACAGCAAGCUCCUCUUAGCUUUAUCACUUUUUAAUGCUUGCACGGGUGUAAUGGGUCUCCUCUUAAAAAAUAAAAAUGGACUCCUCUGAGAUGUCAAAAUC